AUAAAAUGAAAGCAUUCGUCAUAUCUAAAUAUGGUACAAAACCACUUUGGUAAUAAGUUCUAAAGCCAUCGUUAUUAUCUCAUCAAGUUCUGAUAAAAGUGAGAUAUGCUCCUGUAAACCCAGCAGACAUAUACUAUUCUUUAGGGAUCUAUGGAAUUAAGAAGGCCUUGCCUACUUAACUUGGAAUGGAAGGAGUUGGAGAAGUGGUUGAAGGAAAGCAUAAAGGUAAAUUGGUAGCAUUUCUACCUGCAAGAUAAGUGGGAAGUUGGGCAGAAUAUGUAGCAGCAAAUGAAAAUGAUAUAUUUGAAUUAGAUAAUGAGAUUUAAGGUAGCAUGGCUAUUAUUAAUCCAUUCACUGUUCUUGGAUUCCAAGAAAGAGCUAAAUAAUUUAAGAGUAUCUUAUUUUCAUCAGCUCGAUCAUCUACUGCUAUCCAAGGAAUCAAACUCUUUAAAGAAUUAGGUAAGGAUGUUUGGGCAAUAGCAAAAGAGAAUAAGGAUUAUGUUAAUACUUUAGUAGAUGAUGAAAGUCUCUUGUAAAAUACUUAAAAGAAUAUUAAAGAUAAAACAAUAUUUUUUGAUUCAACUUCUGGAGAUAAAGCUGGAACUAUCUUAACAGCAUUACCUCCAAAUAGUGUUUUAGUAAAUUAUGGAUCAUCAACAGCAACAUAUAUUGGAAAAAUCAAUCCUAAUUAAUUGAUCUUCUCAGGAAAAUCAAUUGAAGGAUUUUGGAUGCAUAAUUAUUAUAAUUCAUUAACUAGAUAACAAAAAGAGGUUGCUUUUAAUUAUAUCAACUCUAAAUUAAACACUGUUUUCAAAUCUGAUAUAUAUCAGAUUGUUAAGCCAUAAGAUAUUACUGGCGAAGAAUUGUAUAAACUCUAAGCCUAGACUCGUGGACAAGGAAAAAUUGUUUUAGAGUUUAAAUGAUACAUAAACACAUACA